CUCGCCGGAAACAAUCCUCACUAUCCCUCUCAAACGUCUCAUCGCACCCACUCCCCUCGUUUGCGAGAUAUGACCGCUACUCGACGCCUCGAAUCAUUCAUCCUAGCCAUCGCCAUCCUCUUCCUCGGGCUAAACUUCACAUACAAGUUGAUCAACCUGAGUUUGCUCCAUCGUAGACCGAAACAUGAUCUUGUGAAUGGCGGCGUAUGGAACGUUGAGCGCGAGCACGUCGCAUUCGCCUUCGAUAGCGGGCUCCGCUACGACCUCAACGCCUCACAAGCGUGGGCUGCGCUCGUCCCCGGCGACGGCAUCGUUCACCUCGGCGCACAGCACGAGCCCUUCAUGGUUUCGAUGUUCCACCAGCUGCGCUGCCUGGACGUCAUGCGAGACCAGCUGACCAAGACCCGCGCGCAACGCGAAGAGCAACCCGCGCGGCACUGCAUGAACUACAUCCGACAGAUGAUCUUGUGCCGCGGCGACACGAACCUGGACCCGUACCAGUACCCGUCCAACAUCCACCCCGUCGAGCCGCAUCCUGUCCGCAGGUGCUUGGAUUGGCGCGCGGUAUACGAGGCUGUGGAGGAGAAUCAGAGGGAAUAUGCUGAAUGGGCGCCGGAUGGGAGCGCGACCCGAAUCUGACGGAUUGGAUUGCGUAGGGCUAGUACAGUUGCAAGUAUCGGGAUUCUCGUUGAAUAUUCAUACGUAACGAGUAGCUGACUUUGUGAGCGAAACAGCGACUAGCUGGUUCGUUCCAGCCGCGUCAUAACCGCGACUACGAGACGGCGAUAGUGACAAAUCUGGGUGACAGUCUGGGAGGAGGGGGCGACAAAUUACUAUGCUUCGGAUGCCGAGUAUACGUUGUUCCUGACACCUUGAUUCUUCCAAGCACCGAGGAAGCUGCAUUCAUGUUAGCCGCACAGUAUCAGUAUGACUGAAGCCUAAUCGGGGCCCUGUCCGGACCUCGAUAGGUGCCGGUGUCAGGAAAGAAGAAAGAUCUGAAGGGAAGUAGCUUUUAUUGUAAUACGGUAGUAGUAUCACACGUAUGUAUUUUCAAGUCAAUCUGAUGGAGAACUAAAGGUACGAGAUGCGUUGUU